GCUCAUACCUAAUUCCUUCUUCUACAAUUGAACCAACCAGUUGUGCAAACCUAGGAAGCCUUUGCCAAGCUACUGUAAAUGCUACUACUCCUACACCACCCACUGUCACCACUAACAUGCCUGAUACUAAUAGAAACGAUAAGCCAAACAAUGGUGGGCUAUUCUACAGGAUAUCUAUAACUGUCUUUAGUUCCAACUCCAACUCAGUGUCAAAAGUACAUGAUGUGGUUGCAGAAUGGCUAAACCGUACUUUCCAGAACUGGAAUUACACUGUAUAUGUGGUCAAUAUCAGUAUCCACCCUGGCUCCAUGAGAGAGGGAGUAAGAGAAAAAAGAAGUCUUAAAAGGUUUGAGGUUUUGGCUCUUCUGGUUUAUAAUGCUACCAACAACAUCAAUUUAGAAGAGGACGACAUCCGACAGAAGCUCAUAAAUAAUAAUGGGACCAUGGAAGGAGGAUAUAAGCUUCAUGAUGUGGUUGUUGCUCCAGUGGAAAAAUGUUUAGCUGAAGAAAACCCUCCAAACUAUUUUUGGCCAGAUACCAGACCAACUGUGACCAACUUCACAUUAUGCCAUGGGAGCUCAGUUCAGACUGCGUCAAGAACCUGCUAUUUGGGUCUGCAGAAUUAUACAUCAUACUGGGGCCAGCCUGAUCUUAGAAACUGCACAGAAAACGCAGCUGAUAUAGCCAAUCAGCUUCUCAAUCUCACCGGUGAAGGGCAGCAGCUAACCUCAGACAAAGUAAAUGAUGUUGUGCAAAAGCUCAAAAAAAUUGUGAACGAUGAAGAAAUUGAUGAAUCUCUGGGUUCUACUGUGGUGACAAUUUUUUCCAAUAUUCUAACCAGUUCAGACAGUGUAUUGGCAGCAUCAUCUUCAGAAGCUCUCAAAACUAUUGAUGCCUUGGCUUUAAAGAUCCAGUUCACUGGACCAUCCAUGAGUAUUUCAACACGAAACCUUGCACUUGGAGUGUCGUCUGUAAACUCAACUUCAUUCAAAGGUGGUUCUUUCAGUGUCAGUCCACAGAAUAACGCAUCUGAUUUCCAGAUAGAUUUUGACAAGGAUCAGACAAAUGCCUUUGCUUCUGUCAUCCUGCCACCAAGUUUACUGAAGAAUUUAAGUCAAGAUGAGUUUGAAGUUAUAUCCAGGGCUCAGUUUACUUUCUUCAACAAAAAUGGUCUUUUUCAGGAUGCAGAAAAUCCUGCCAAUUUGACCAGUUUUGUGGUGGCAUGCAGUAUUGGAAACAUAACCAUUCAGGAUCUUCAGGAUUUUGUGAAGAUUACAAUUAAACAUACCAAAAUUCAGGAAGAUCCUAAGCCUACCUGUGUCUUCUGGGAUAUGAACAAAAAUG